AGCUGUGAUAUCACUUGGGGUUUUGCUUUUUAUUUUGUUGUCUCAAGACUUGGCUGGGUUAACAUUGGCUACACAGACCUCACCUCAGUUUUCCUUGACUCCUUUUACCUGGUUCGAGUGCAUUAGCAUGAUGGUGAUUUUACUGAACUGUGUUACAUUGGGGAUGUACCAGCCGUGUGAGGAUAUGGACUGCCUCUCUGACCGGUGCAAGAUCUUGCAGGUAUUUGAUGAUUUCAUCUUCAUCUUCUUUGCCAUGGAAAUGGUCCUGAAGAUGGUGGCCUUGGGUAUCUUUGGCAAGAAGUGUUACCUUGGAGACACCUGGAACCGCCUGGAUUUCUUCAUUGUUAUGGCUGGGAUGGUGGAAUAUUCCCUGGACCUCCAAAACAUUAACUUGUCUGCAAUCCGUACUGUUCGUGUCCUGAGGCCCCUCAAAGCUAUCAAUCGUGUACCCAGUAAGUCAUUCUUCCCUCCAACAUGUACCCCAUUUCAUCUGUAGUUUUCCUUUAUCUGUGCCUUUUUUAUCUAUCACUCUUUGCA